CAAAUAUUUACCAAACCCUCAACCGUGAACGAGACGACGCUUUGAACAUUCCACUACUAGAACCGUUCCCGAUAUGGUGAGUGAAUUUAUGCUUCUAAACACAUAGUAUAGAGCAUCUAUAUGUAUACAGGCGAAAUGCGGACAUGAUGAAAAGCUCAACUUGAUGCAGCUAUGUGUAACAGUAACAAUCAACCAAACAAAAAAAAACUCGUAAUCAUAUAAGCUCACUUUGGCCGAGAUAAGGAAGCAUCGAGUGAAAAGUUCAAAACAUCCCCAGCCGCAAGCUUGAAGGAGAUCCAACCGAAUGGUAAUGUUGUAACCGAACGAAACAAGAGUGCAUGCAAAGUGCAUCGUCAUUGGGCAAAGUAAGUGAUACGGAAACGGACUGACAGCGUAAAACAAAAGACGUACGUGCAGAAAAAGAAGAAGCAGACGAAGAAACUUAAAGUGGAUGAUUUAAUAAAUGAAACAAAUGAAUAAGUGUAAAUUGUGAUAAUUGAAUAAUAGCACAAGCGAAGUGCAAGUAAGUGAACAGUAACUCAGCAGAUUAAAAUAAAAACGGCGUGUAUGAAGUGAAGUAGCGAACAAACCAAGUGGAAGCAGGAAAGUGGCACUCGUAUGCUAAUUAGUGCGUGCUGUUGCUCGCACUCCUGACUGCAGGCAUCGUCGGCAGUAGUGCUCUCUCUCCGGGUAGAUGAUUGUUCCUGCUUUGGUGGAACAAUAACAGAAUAGCUUACCGCCGAAGGGAGUACUUACUUGCUAAAUAGAUCAACCCUUUUCUACUUCUUGAAGCUCGGUGAUUGAGCGCAAGAAACGCGCCGUCAAGUGUCCAUCGUCUGAAGUGCUCACUGAUCCGGUUGCUGAAAGGAACACAAGAACAAUGACCGAUAUUCCUCCCAUGGCUACCCUCGCCGAUUGAAAGUCAAACCAGCUCCGCAGGACAAACGUGUCCUCCAUCUAGCCCAAGCCAACUCCAAGAUGAGCAACCUGCGGUACACUAUCCAGUAUUCCGAUUACUUCAACAGAUCGUGGCGCAAUGAAACGCUGGCCAAUGAAUCUACCGCAUCGGUCGGAGGUUACGGGUCGAGUUCCGCCCUCAACGAAACGUAUGAGAUUUACGCACCCAACUACCCGUACGUGUCCUCCACCGAGGAGCAGAACUACAUCGAACAGCUCAGUGAACGGCUGAAGAAUGGCUCCAAUCAUACGCUGUACGGAAUUAACCACCCGAUUUAUCCGGUGGGGGAAUGCAGCACCAACUACUGGGCCGGGUUGUACUUUGAAAUCACCAGCUACUUCCUGUAUGUGCUAAUCUUCGUGACAGCUGUAAUUGGUAACUCAAUAGUGCUGUUCAUAGUGCAAUCGAAUCCUCGGAUGCGCACCGUGACUAAUUACUUCAUCACCAAUUUGGCCGUCGGUGAUUUGCUGAUGAUGCUGUUCUGCGUUCCUUUUACGUUCAUUUCCUCCUUUGUGCUGCAGUACUGGCCGUUCGGGUUGGCCAUGUGCCGGCUGGUGAAUUACACCCAGGCCGUUUCCGUGCUGGUCAGUGCCUACACACUGGUGGCAAUCAGCGGGGAUCGGUACAUUGCCAUCAUGUGGCCACUGAAGCCUAGGAUUACGAAAACAUGCUCGAAAGUCCUGAUAGGCGUGGUGUGGAUUAUAGCGCUUAUAACGGCGGCUCCCAUUGCGAUUUUUUCGACGCUCAUCUUGCCAUCGGAAUGGCACACGGUUUGUAAUCUCCCCAUCUGUAAGGAAAUGUGGCCAUCGAAGGAGCAGGAAAGCUAUUACACCACCACCCUGCUGAUGACGCAGUUCGUGAUACCGCUGCUGGUGCUGAUUUACACGUACACCCGGAUCGCCAUUGUCGUCUGGGGGAAGCGACCGCCCGGCGAGGCGGAAAACUCCCGGGACCAGCGGAUGGCCAAAUCGAAGCGUAAGAUGAUAAAAAUGAUGGUCACCGUGGUAAUCGUGUUCACAAUCUGCUGGCUGCCGUUCAACUUUCUAAUGGUGAUAGACGUUGACACAUCUUGGGAGCUGCUGCCGUACCUCUGGUUCGCCUUCCACUGGCUAGCCAUGUCGCACAGUUGCUACAACCCGAUCAUCUACUGCUACAUGAACGCCCGGUUCCGUUCCGGUUUCAUCCUGGUGCUGCACGGUGUUCCGGGGCUGCAGCAGUUGUGCUGCUGCAUUCGGCACAAACCGAGCGCGCUGGCUCGCAACGCCGGUUCCAGUGUGGCCCUCGCCGGUGAGAUGAAUGGAAUUUACCGUGACAGUGCACUGUCGGGGAAGGCUAGAGUGCGAGAAUCGAUGAAAUAUCGCAUCUGCAUCGAGUUAACACAUGCACCACGUACAUAAGCACCCGGAGGAAGACUGCUCUCAAUGUGCAACAGGUCCAAUCCACCGAAACUUCUCUGCUGCGGUGAUAUCAUCAACAAAGCUUUGACUGAAGGCUGGUCAGCUUCGGUGGCGAUAGUCGGGUGGAUUGUCCGGAACAGGCGGCAGUUGAGCGAUUGAGUGACACGGAAGCGGGUCACGGUAUGGAAAAACAGCCGGUGAAGGUGGGCCGAGCAGCAGAAACAGCGUUUAAUGCCGUGGACGUUGAUUUCAAACAUACCACUACUGCUAGUACGAGGACCUCCGACGGCAGCAGUGGUUCCGUUGGAAAACAAAACGGACACAUUCGCUAGAAUGGGGGGAAGUUGACCGGAAAUCGGCUACAAUAAAAUACUACUCAUUGUACCAGAAAGGAGAAAGUUUUCUUCUGUAUGAAACGUGUAUGUUAAAUAAGAAAAGUUGUAAAAAAAUAACAUCUUUAGAAAAAAAAGUAGAAAAAACCGCGCCAGUAAACAGGAAAAGUAUUUAACAAACGAAAUUAGCGAAAUAAUUGUAAUAGCAAAAUCAUACUGUAAUCAAUGUCCAGUCACUCAAAUCCCACACCUCGGAUGUCAUCAAAUUCAGGAGGGAAUUAAAAUACAGAAACAAAUCCUAAUCAAAUCGAUUAAGCUACUAUCACAUCAAAAGCAUCGAUCGACCGUGUGUCCAUGCCCUAUCCCUGUAUUCGCUAUAGCUACACAACAGAACGAACGGAAGCCAAUCCAGAGAUGUGGAAAAUCACUUGGGAUUAGAGCCAAAUGGGACUCAAUCCAUAAGCUCGUAUCGAGCAGAUGUUCGGGAAACCGUAUUAUUAAUCAUCUUCGAUGAUUUUGCUAAACUCGCAAGCGAAACAGAGAAUCAUGUUCCUUCAUUCGUACGAGGGGAUGGGGGUAGCCAAUUUGAAUUUUAUUGUUUUAUCGAUAGCGAAAAUAUAUGUAUCGACGCCGCCUAGCCGGUUCAGUGUUUCAAUCGUUUAGAUCCCGACACAGGAGCGAGUGCGAAUGGGUGACGAGGGACUCUUCACCAUUCGAUGUUAUCUGCUACUCCCUCCGAAGAUUGGAUUGAGGAUAUUAAAAUAAGGAUAGCAGAAGGUAGUGAAUGGUCUUGCAAAUUCAAAUAGUAAUAACAAUUGCUGUUAUCGUAUUAGAGUAUUACUUGAUGCAUGAUAAUAAACGAAACAGACAUCGUUUGGGUAGUUUGAUUUUGUUAAGUACUUGUAAGUACAAUCGAGAUAGGAAUACUAAU